AUGACAGCGCUGUAAAAAGUGCAGCAGCGUAGCUCUUUAGGGAAACAAGUUUAGAGCGACGACUUUGGUGUGGGCACAGUCGACCCUACACUGAUGUGGCCAUGUCCAAGAGAAUGAACACUCUGGCAGUGCCAGCGGGUCAGAUGACCCAGGCGGUCUCUGAUGGGGAGCUCAACUUUAAGUUAUCCAGUCGUGGAAGCAGCUCCAGCCUAUCAGAGAACUCGAGCAGGUCAGGUGGUCCUCAAGGUGCUGAUGGUCCAGCCAGUCGGGUGGUCAGCUGGGCGGUAUGUUUCGAACGCCUGCUUGAAGACCAUGUUGGUGUGCGAUACUUUACCGAGUUUCUCAAAUCAGAGGUUAGUGCGGAGAAUAUCCUGUUCUACCAAGCCUGUGAAAAGUUCAAGAAAAUCCCACCCACUAGACUGGAAGAGCUGAAGAAAGAGGCGCGUUCCAUCUAUGACAGUUUUCUUUCUGAAAGCUCUCUGCAUGCGGUUAAUAUUGACGAUACGGCCCAGAUGGAAGAGAGCGCCUUGGAGACACCUACACCCAACAUGUUCGAUAAAGCACAGGCACAGAUCUUCAAGCUGAUGAAAAUGGACAGCUACACAAGGUUUGUCCGCUCUACGCUGUACCAGAACUGCAUGCUGGCUUGUGUGGAGGGUCGUCCUCUUCCCAACAUUGGAACCCCGGAGCCCAAAAGCAAAAUGCAUAAAAAGAGUGCAACGCCACCUAGUAACAGAAAGAGUGUUGAGUUGAAAGUGCCCUCAUCAGACAGCAAGACCAACAGGAAGAAGAGGUUAGAGAAGAGAGGCUCAUGGGGAGCUGACCAGUCGUAUCAGCAUGUGGCGGUGUCUCGUAAUGAGUCUCAGAUCUCAGUGAAGUCUAACAGCAGUCUGGAGUUAGUCUCUGGAUUCGGGCGAGCUGAGAACGGACGCUGCAGUGUGCCCAUCUCUGAUCCGGAAGCCUUGAGUUCUGGUUCUCCUACAGCAGAUAAGUACUGCUGCGUCUACCUGCCGGACGGGACCGCCAGCCUGGCCCCUGCCAGACCCGGCCUGAGCCUCAGAGACAUGCUGAGCAGCCUGUGUGAGAAGAGGGGCUUUCCUCUGAAAGAUGUUUUCAUCUACCUACUCGGCAAAGAUAAGCCUCUUUCUCUGGAUCAGGACAGCUCUGUUUUUGGAGAUCAGCAGCUCCGUUUGGAGCUCAGAGUUACAUUUGCGUUGGAUAUUGUGUUUUCAGAGAGAACUUUAGGAAUCGUCGCAAAGUCUAGCAAGAAUUUGGGUGAUGCGCUGUCUGCUGUCCUACAGAAACACCAGCUACGACCUCAGGAUGUGCAGGUUACUCUGAGUGGCUCGAAUGAACCUCUAAACAUGAGCACAGAUGUGUUUCGUCUAGCUGGAAAAACGGUGCGUUUGGACAAAGUUAAAGCUGGUUUGGAGACUCAAGCUACUUCACCAACACCCAAAGCAAAUUCAAGAACCAGAAAACACCAAGACAUGGACAGUAAUGCAGAAGUCUUACAUUAUAGUGUAUAAUAACAUCCUAAUUAUGCAACCUUCACCAAUGUCAAAGCCAGAAAAAUACACAUUAUGUGUGAUCUCCUGUGAAAACCACCUUGUGUUUUCAAAAGAUGAAUGCAUACUGUGCUUUUACAUGCAACAAGUGCACUGCAUGGAAUACUGUAUCCCACAAUGCAGUGCUCCCAAGAUUUAUUUUACUACUAGUACUACUAAUUUAAAUUACAUUUUGUUUUUGUAUUUCUAAUUUUUAUUUUAGUUUUUACCGUCUGUUCCCUUUCAGUCAGUCACUCUCAAUGUCACGUUGGUGACCAAUCUACUUUGAGUGUAAAUUAAACAAGCCAAUGCACAUUGGCAUGCAAUUAUUGAAUUCAGCUGCAGCACUAAAAGAGCCUUUCCCUGAAAGAGCCAUUUCUCUAAAAGAGCUUCAAGUCUGCAUCUUUGUAAAGAUGAAAGACCAUCUUUUUAAAGAUGCUGUUUCAUCCGUGCAUUUCUGGAUUCGGUCAUUACCUGGCUCCGUUUCCUUGAGAAAAGGGUUGGGCAGAGAUCCGUUGCCUCUGCAGUACUUCCAGCAGUAGCACAGGUGGUUUGUGUAUUACAGUGGUAGCAAACCACUCAGGGAACCUGACCGAAUGUCAAACACUGCAUUGGAGGGAGAGCACUCUGAGAAAGAUUCAGCUGAUACCCUACAAGACUGUGACAAUGACUGAAUCGGAUUCAGAGAUGACAGCUAUGCUUUUUUCUCAAGGUAGGGCUCAAGUAGAAACCUACACCGCAUCCCGAGCCUUCGAGGUUGGAUGAUUGGUUUCUCGGGGUGGCUUGCACUGGUUCUCAGUGCCGUGCCCCGGUGCCUUUCUUCCCGGAAGUGCAUGAGGAGCUCACCAGGUCAUGCACGGCACCUUUUACUGCUGGAAACCCCGCAGUCAGAUCUUAAAUAUCUUCGCCAUCGGCUGUGGGGCCAUGUACAACGGGCACACAGUGUCUGGGGUAUGGACAGGCCCCCAUCUACACUGGUAUAUCAAUUGCCUAGAGUUAUUAGUGCACCUUGCCUUUCUCAAAGGGCUCUUACGAGGUACAACAUCGGCUCUGAUCGGACAACAUCACUAAUGUUGCUAACAUCAACCGACAAGGUGGUUUGCACUCCUGUCGCAUGUUGCAACUCGCCCGCCACCUCUUCCUUUGGAGUCAGACAGUUCUGAGGUCACUUCAUGCCAUUCACAUUCCAGGCCUCUUUGAGUGAGCUUUCUCGAGCCACGCUCAUGGGAGAAUGGCAACUCCAUCCCUGGAUGGUACAGCUGAUUUGGAGACGUUUUGGAGUCGCUCCGGUAGACCGGUUUGCUUCUUCGGAAACCUCUCACUGACAGCUUUUCUAUUCCCUGACCAAGGGAACACUCUGCACGGCCACGGGGCCUGCACAAGUAUGCGUUUCCCCCAGUGAGCCUUCUCGCACAAAAGCUGUGUAAGGUCAGAGAGGACGAGGAGCAGGUCUUGCUUGUGGCGCUGUGUUCAUCCAAUUUGACCUGGUUCCCUGAUCCUAGUGCACCUCACGACAGCCCCUUCCUGGCGGAUU